AGGACCAGGAGAGGGAGAGAACGAUGUCUCUCGCUCGCUCAUAUCACUGUAAGCUACUACUGCAACUGAUACUCUGGUUCCCAGCUUCCUAAUAAACUGAUUGUGCGUGGAAAGAUGGAAGAGAACUUACCAGAAGAACAAGGUGCAUUAGGUGUUGAGAGAGCUGGCAACACUCUUGGAAUUUAUGACUGUUUGCACACUACACACACUGGAGAUGAUCAAAGCACUUUGAGGACAGAUGAUAAACAGAGGAUUUCGAAUCCCAGUUCAGCAGCUACUGAUGCAAAUGGAAACGGGAGCAGUGUUGAUACACAGUAUAUACCAGAAAUCAAUGGAGGAGGAGAUUGUCAUGCUAAAUCCUUUGAAAUACAAAUAGAAGGAUCCAAGAAAGCAGACUGCUUACCUGGCGCAGACUGUGGGCAACAGUUUUCCAAAAUGGACAGCACAAAUCAGUCCCUGAUAGACAUAUUACAUGAGCUCAGAGGGUAUGAUCAUAUAAAAAGGUCUGACAAGGUCUGUUCAGAAAGCCCGUAUGACACAGAUUGUACCAAGAACCUUAUUUCAACAAUACAAAGUACUUCCUCUCAGGAGGCUUUGCUAGAAGAGAUAGAGUCUGAACUGCUAUCGACGGAUUUAUUGAGAGAUCAUAAGCCUCCAAAUGGAGUCUGCAAGAGUGAGGUUGCAUUGGCUGUGUUUGAAAAAUACAUGCAAGAUAAAUAUCUACAGCAAGAGCACACGAUAAAGAAAUUAAUUAAGGAAAACAAGAAGCAUCAGGAACUAAUUUUGGGUAUUUGUUCUGAAAAGGACAGCUUAAAAGAUGAACUGAAAAAAAGAACAGAAACUGAAAAACAGCAUCUCGGCAUUAUUAAACAGUUAGAGGCCAGAAUAGAGGACCUCCAAAAAGAAGUUAAAGGUUCUAAAGAUAAACUUGUAUCUCAAGAUGCUGCUGCAAAAAACGCUAUCCAGCAACUUCACAAAGAGAUGGCCUUUCGUACUGAUCAGGCAAAUAAGAAAUGCGAAGAAGCCCGCCAAGAAAAGGAAGCCAUGGUUAUGAAGUAUGUUAGAGGAGAAAAGGAAUCCCUAGACCUCCGUAAGGAAAAGGAAGUACUGGAAAGGAAACUGAGAGAUGCAAAUAAAGAAAUCGAAAAGCACAGUUAUAAAAUAAAGCAGCUUUCUCAGGAAAAAGCACGGUUGCAUCAGCUCUUUGAAAACAAGGAAGGUGAAGCCACCAGAAUGUCAAGAGAAAUCGAAAAAUUAAAAGAAGAAAUCAAUUCUCAUGUGAUUAAAGUGAAGUGGGCCCAGAACAAAUUGAAGGCUGAAAUGGAUUUACACAAGGAAACCAAAGAUCGGCUUAAAGAGGCAACAACAAAAUUGACUCAAGCAAAAGAGGAAUCAGACCAGAUACGAAAGAACUGCCAAGAAAUGAUAAAAACUUACCAAGAGGCUGAAGAAAUUAAAUCAAAUGAAUUGGAUGUAAAACUCCGACUUACGAAAGGAGAACUGGAAAAACAACUGCAGGAAAGGUCUGAUCAUCUAGAGGUACAUCAUGCAAAAAUAAAAGAACUUGAAGAUGUGAAGCGAACAUUUAAAGAGGGUAUGGAUGAGCUGCGAACACUAAGAACAAAGGUCAAGUGUCUAGAGGACGAACGGCUGAGAACAGAAGAUGAAUUGUCAAAAUACAGAGAAAUUAUUAAUCGCCAGAAGGCUGAAAUUCAGAAUCUUCUGGACAGAGUGAAAAUCAUAGAUCAGCUUCAGGAGCAGCAUAUGAAAGAUGACCAAGAGAUUACUUCCUUGAAGGAAGAAGUGGACAGCCUCAACUCUCUGAUUGCUGACUUCCAGAAGGAUAUUGAUGGCAGCCGCAAAAGAGAGUCUGAGCUAUUAGUCUUCACUGAGAAACUGACCAGUAAGAAUGCUCAGCUACAGUCAGAGACCAACUCCUUACAGAUGCAGCUUGAUAAACUUACCUACAGUGAGAGAGAAUCACAGAAUCAGCUGGAACUUGUGAGACAAGCAAGAGACGAGCUGGUACAUAAAUUGCAGGAGGAGGAGCAGCAUCACAAAGACAAUGCUGAGAAACUGCAGACUGAGCUGAGUGCUCAGCAGAAAGCAUUAGCGGACGUGAAUACUCUAGCCGAUGAACUGAAAGAUGAGUUGACUACUCAGAAGCGAAAACAUGCAGCAAAUCUUAAAGACCUCACCAAGCAACUUCAGCAAGCACGAAGAAAACUGGAUCAGUUUGAAAAUGGCAACUAUGAUAAAGAAGUCAGCAGUAUGGGAAGUCGUUCCAGCUCAUCUGGAUCUCUUAAUGCUCGAAGUAGCAAUGAAGACCGGUCACCAGAAAACAGUGGUUCUUCCGUAGCUGUGGAUAACUUCCCAGAAGUGGAUAAGACCAUCUUGAUUGAGAGAAUAGUAAGGCUACAGAAAGCUCAUGCUCGGAAAAAUGAAAAGAUGGAAUUUAUGGAGGAUCAUAUCAAGCAGCUGGUUGAAGAAAUCAGGAAAAAAACUAAAAUAAUACAGAGUUACAUUUUAAGAGAAGAAGCCGGUACAUUGUCCUCCGAGGCCUCUGACUUCAACAAAGUGCAUCUAAGCAGGCGUGGCGGGAUCAUGGCUUCUCUCUACACGUCUCACCCAGCAGACAGCGGGCUCACGUUAGAACUCUCCCUGGAGAUAAACAGGAAGCUUCAAGCAGUUCUUGAAGACACAUUACUGAAGAAUAUCACUCUGAAGGAAAAUCUCCAAACACUGGGAACAGAAAUAGAACGGCUAAUUAAGCAGCAGCAUGAUCUGGAACAGAGGCUGAAGCAAACAUAGCUGAGAGCAAACCCAAGAAGGCAAAAAAGACAGGUGCACCGAACCCUCUGGGUAUAUGAACUGCUUGUCUGCCAGUGUCUUCUGUCAGUCCUGUGCAGCUUUAAUAAUGCAGUCUGGCACAUGCUUAUGAGAGAGGUUUACAAGACCUAGGCCCUAAUUGCCUGCAUUGCGUGAAGUGGUAGAGGCUUUGAUGAACUUAUGUGUGAACAAUAUAUUCAUCUAUUUCACUUUUGACUGCAACUAGAUGCAGCCUUGUGCUACAGAGAGAGAGUCAUCCUGAUUUUUCAGACACUGCUUUUUUGUGUGUGCAAUUAGUAUACCCUGGCCAUGAAGAAGCUUGAAAAGAGUAUA